UGAAUAUUUCUGCGGAUUUCUUGUGGGUUCUUUCGUCUCAUGGGAAAUUGCUUCGGGUCUCGUCUCAAGGUUGAUUACACUCGCAGCUCUCAUCAAACUAGUGGUACAUCUGUUUCAACAAUCUCUUCUGGUCAAUCAGUGGUUGAAUACAACAACGAAGAUAAAUCUCAGAUUCUCAGUGCCCAAAGAUCUGAAGGUGAUAUACUUUCCUCACUAAAUUUGAAGGCCUUCACAUUUAAUGAACUUAGGAAUGCUACUAGAAACUUUGGUCCCGAUAGUCUAAUAGGACAAGGGGGCUUUGGUGAUGUCCACAAGGGGUGGAUUGAUGAGCAAUCCCUUAGUGCUACUAAGCCUGGAUCUGGGAUGGUUGUGGCCGUGAAGAAGUUGAAACCUGAAGGUUUUCAAGGGCAUAAGGAGUGGUUGUCUGAAGUCAAUUAUCUUGGCCAACUUCAUCAUCCAAAUCUUGUCAAACUUAUUGGAUACUGCCUAGAUGGAGACAAACGACUUCUGGUAUAUGAGUACAUGCCCAAAGGCAGCUUGGAGAACCAUCUAUUUUACAGGGGCUCCCAGUCACUUUCAUGGCCAACAAGGAUCAAAGUUGCAAUUGGUGCUGCUCGUGGUCUCGCCUUUCUACAUGACUCCAAUCCACAAGUUAUCUACCGUGAUUUUAAGGCUUCAAAUGUAUUAUUAGAUUCGGAAUUCAAUGCUAAACUAUCGGACUUUGGGCUGGCUAAAGCGGGACCAACUGGUGAUCGUUCUCAUGUUUCAACUCAAGUUAUGGGUACUCACGGCUAUGCUGCUCCUGAAUAUAUUGCUACUGGUCGGCUAACAGCAAGGUGUGAUGUUUAUAGCUUCGGGGUUGUGCUUUUGGAGCUGCUAUCAGGGCGUUGUGUCAUUGACAAAACAAAAUCUAGAGCGGAACAAAAUCUGGUAGAAUGGGCAAAAUCGUCCUUUUUGGGAGAUAAGAGAAAGCUAUUCAGGAUUAUGGACACCAAGUUAGAAGGCCAGUACCCACAGAGAGCUGCUUAUGCAGCUGCAAUCCUUGCAUUACAAUGUGUCAGUGAGGCCAAAAUCAGACCCCAGAUGUCUGAGGUUGUGGCGACAUUAGAACAGCUUCCGGCUGGACAGAGCCGGAGGUCGGCCCCUUCUUCUGCAGGGUGCCCUUUGGGAGAUGUUCAUAGCUUAACAGAGAGCAAGUCAUCUAGUCACCCAAGUGGCGGCACUGUGAUAUCUCCAUUGCCAUCUAUGAGAUCCCAAAGGGGGUGA